GGUUUAUGAGUCAAACAAUCGAGGUUUAUGAGUCAAACAAUCCAGUCUCACAAGCCUCUGUUGCGCACCUAUAAUCGUAUAAUCUGAAAGAUUAACCAAGCAUCAAAAUAUCUCCCCUAUUUCAUCUACACACUGCGUGCUACCAACCGAUCUUCUUCCACUUCUGGUCCCCUCAGUAAACCAAUCAGCUGCGACUUUCUUGAAAACACAAUGAAAUUCAAAGGAAAUGCUUCAUGAAUGUGACCCUAACUACUGUUAUAAAUCAGCUACCACUCCAGGGAACAUUCGCACUGAUGGGAAACUGAAGCCACCGUACGUCAGCCAUCACUUCCUGUUUACGUUUGUGCGCAUGACGUCACUCGCAACAUUUCAUUCCAAAACCGAAACACUGGCCAACUUCAAUAGAAAUCGCCCAAGUGUGACUGCUUGGACCAAAUUUAUCUUAUCGUAGGGGCCCAGCAGACUCACCAGGUGGACCAGUUCCCGUCACCGGCUCUUAUCCGAGGAGAAAACGGAGCUUCCUGCGCUGGACGCUAGUAGCUAACAGUUAGCAGCAGGAACUUCACAGUGUCACAGAAUGGAGAACAAAUACAACCUCAAGAGUCCAGCGGUCAAGCGUCUGAUGAAGGAGGCUGCUGAACUGAGGGACCCCACAGAGCACUACCAUGCCCAACCACUUGAAGAUAACCUUUUUGAGUGGCACUUCUCUGUCCGUGGACCCCCCGAUUCUGAUUUUGAUGGGGGCGUUUACCACGGCCGGAUUGUGCUGCCGCCGGAGUACCCCAUGAAGCCUCCCAGCAUCAUCCUUCUAACGCCUAACGGAAGAUUCGAAGUUGGGAAGAAGAUUUGUUUGAGCAUCUCUGGCCACCAUCCAGAGACCUGGCAGCCGUCUUGGAGCAUCCGUACGGCUCUCAUCGCUAUAAUCGGGUUCAUGCCAACCAAAGGAGAGGGUGCAAUAGGAUCUCUUGAUUAUACGCCGGAGGAGAGGCGGGCGCUUGCCAAAAAGUCCCAGGACUUCUGCUGCGAGGCUUGCGACUGCUCAAUGCGCACUGCUCUGCUCCCUCUGACCCCCAACAGCAACCCCAGGCCGGAGGACCACCAGGCAAAGAAACUGGCCCUGCAAAUCAACUUCAAGGCGGUGCCGUCCAGACGGAGCUCUGAGAGUGCAGCAGCGGGAGCAAGCAGCCACCCUCCCUCUGGCUCGAAGGAAGACACUUCUGCGGGACAGCAGGCUGCAGGAGGACUCAGCCAAGACCAGGCACCGGGGGUGCAGGCAGUCCCCGCGGAGGAGACCCAGCCCGCCACGCCGGCCAACCCCAGCCGCCCCCUCAGCCCCCGGCAGCGGCGCGCCCAGCAGCAGAACCAAAGAGAGAACCGGGAGGCGGCGAGCCGACCGGAGGUCAUGGCCAGAGCUCGCCCGCGCCAGCAUCAAAGCCACGCGGGCUCCGCGGUGCUCAUCGUGGUGCUCACCAUCGCCCUCGCCGCCCUCAUCUUCCGCAGGAUCUACCUUUCCAACGAGUACAAGUUUGACUACGAGCUGUGACCCCGCCAUCUUCCACUGAACUGCGAGGUCACUCGCUGAGCGGGGGUGCUCUCAUUCCUAAAGAGGGGACGUCCCACUCGCCUUUUUUUUUUUUUUUUUUUUUUUUAAAUCAAUGUGAAGACCACUUAAGUCUCCCGCAGCUGCUUGGUCUCAGUUGAAAUGGUGGGGAAGUAAUCCUGCCUCCUCGCUGUGUCUGCAGGAGCGGAUGCCUCCUCACUUGGUCACAUUCUUAAACUCCAUUUUUAAUCUUUGUUUUAAUUAUGGCCACCACCCCUCCCCCGAAAGGAGCUCUGCAUGAUUUGUGUAAUUUAUGGUCAUUUGUUGUACAGCAGCAGCUCUGUUGUCGCCUUCAAUGUUUCCUCUGAGAAAAUAAAAUGGGGGCUUUAACCCAAAUCCUGCGCUGGCUAAGUCGUAAAAUGUAAAUGCUCCGUGAGUAAGCAGCAUACAUUUGCAUUUUAACUUUAACAUUGACCGACUUUCGAUGCUCGGUGACCCAUUCAUCAUCCAAACAAGCCCAUCCGAAACUUCCCGUUCCUCAAGUGUAGGCCCUGUUUCCCAAGUAGUGGAAGGAUAAUGGCUUCAUGGCUCUCACCUGUUGGCACUAACAUUACCAUCUGGAGCAAUUGUGAAACUAUAUUCCGUGUUGAUGUCAGGAAAGAGAAGUUUUGUGUCAAUAAGGUUUAAGCGAUUCUGACCUAAUAAAGAUCUUUGUAUGUCAGCGCCAUCUGAAAAGUGUCUGUGCAAAAGUCCCUGCGUCGCCAACUUCCCUCGCGCAGGACGGCUGUGGGGUAUAUUAUCAAUGUUAGAAUGGAAAUAAAAAAGGGGCUCAGAAGUUCAGUU